UUGGAUAUAGUUCUGCCACCAUGAUUACCUUCCUCCAACUCCUCAGCCUCUUCUUCAUUGCUUCCAAAGUGGAUGAAGAGGACAAGGACAAAGACUCUAAGUAUGACCUGUCCUUGUACAAACGUGGCGACCUUUUGGAAGUUCCUAGAACUCUCUUCACCCAUUUCGGCAUCUACCUGGGCAACAACCGGGUGGCCCACUUCAUCCCAGACAUCCUUCCGGUAUUCACCAAGAACAAGGCUGCCAUCGGCAAGAUGGUGACCAACAACCGGCUGAUUCUAGGGGUGAUCGCCAAGUCGGCGAGCGUCAGGGUGGACUCGUUGGCCGAUUUUGCCUAUGGCUCGGAGAUCCUGGUCAACCACAUGGACAAGCUGUGCAGCCAGCCCCCCCUGGAGGGGGACGAGGUGGCCAGGAGGGCAGAGAAGCUCAUGGGCUCCAUGACCUACAGUUUGCUGUGGUACAACUGUGAACACUACGUCAUGUACUGCCGCUAUGGCAUGGCCAUCAGCUACCAGACCUACCAGUUCUGUUUGACAGUGAGGAAGAUCAUCUGCAGCAGGAUGAACGCCUACCUCACAGCUCUGUGUGGAACGGGCACCGUGUUAUACCUGGGCUCCAUAACGCUGCUCAACACAGUACCCACCCUGCUUGUCCCCUUCACCAUCUGGAUGGCAUCGUAAAAACGGCCACUGCGGAAUAUGGAAGGCUUAAAUCAUGUCCCACUAUCAGUAUCACUGUUCAUGGGGGGAAAAAAAUAAAAAGCAUUGUGGGAAAUGUCA